CAUUAUAAAGAGGUGGUGUUUAUAAAGUCACACUUUUUUUGCAUUGAGGGGGCCAGUCGCUUGUCAAAGUGGUCGGGUUGGCUGGUUUGUGGUGCAGCUGCGUUGAACGUUAACACCAACGCCAACCCCAGGGGAGACUGCCAGGCCUACGUGGAGCUGACCGAGCUGAUGAAUGACCAGCAGAACCAGCAGGGCUGGCAGGAGACGGGCCGAUGGGUGGGCUAUGAGGAGAGCUACGACCCCGAGGCCGGGGGUUGGGGACCCUCACACAUCUCCUACCUCACCUUCAAGAGCCUCAUCCAGCUGCGCCGCACCAUGAACACAGGUGUGGUGAUGCUAGACCGGGUGGAGCGCAGUCUCUCCGGCAUCGCUGAGAAGAUAGUGGAUGAGUUGAUCAGCAAGAAAGAGAUCAGGCCCAGCGAUCGGGAUGGAGUGCUCCGUUCCCUGCUCCAAAACCGCAGCCAAACUGCAGUAGAGGGCCAACCCUUGUUCGGGGGGGCGGAGAUGCAGACCUUUUCUGUCAAAGAGAGGAGAGAUGCAACUGACACUGUAGAGGCCUCUAUGGUGCUUGUUGGAGCUCUGGACUUCCUGGAGAGGCCCACGGUGGCAUUUGUGCGUCUGAAGGAGGCUCUGGUUCUGGAUUCGGCCCUGGAGGCCCCAGUGCCAGUCCGCUUCGUCUUUAUCCUGGUGGGCCCCACCAAGAGUGACAUGGACUACCACGAAACCGGCCGCGCAAUGGCAGCACUCAUGGCCGACAAAGUGUUCAACCAGGCGGCAUUCCAAGCACAGGGCGAACGGGAGCUGAUGGACGCCGUGGCUGACUUCAUGGACUGCAGCAUCGUGAUCCCUCCCACGGAGAUCCAGGACGGGGCGAUGCUCCAGUCCAUCAUCGGCUUCCAGAAGAAACUGCUGCAGGAGAGGCUCCGUCCCUCCGACCCCGUGUUGCGUCUGGACUUGAAACCCCGCAAAUCUUCCAACCCAUCUGGGCCUGCUCCUGAGGAUCCUCUGGUUCGUACGGGUCAGCCGUUCGGCGGGAUGAUACGAGAUGCGAAGAGACGCUACCAGCACUAUGUGAGUGACUUCACUGAUGCCCUCAACGCUCAAGUUCUCGCCGCUAUUAUCUUCAUCUACUUCGCUGCCCUGUCCCCUGCCGUCACCUUCGGAGGAUUGCUAGCUGAUAAGGUGGACAACAUGAUGGGUGUGUCUGAGCUCCUGAUCUCCACCUGUGUCCAGGGAGUCAUUUUCUGCUGCAUCGCAGCCCAGCCCGUCCUGGUCAUCGGCUUCUCAGGCCCACUUCUGGUGUUUGAGGAGGCCUUCUUUGCCUUCUGUAAGUCUCAGGACAUUGAGUACAUUGUGGGGCGUGUGUGGGUGGGCGUGUGGCUGGUGGUCAUCGUGGUGCUCAUCGUGGCGUUCGAGGGCAGUUUCUUGGUCCGCUUCAUCUCCCGCUUCACCCAGGAGAUCUUCUCCAUCCUUAUCUCCCUCAUCUUCAUCUACGAGACCUUCGCCAAGCUGGGCAGGAUUUUCAAGGCCCACCCAUUGAUCCUGAACUACGACCACCUCAACAACACGGUGGAGGACCCAUGGCACCCAGUGGUGAUCCACAACCACCUGUAUGACAACAGCACGGGCAACACCACCACCACAGUCAACAUCCUGGACCGGGCCUACCCCAACACGGCCCUGCUCUCCAUGUGCCUCAUGUUUGGAUGCUUCUUCAUCGCCUUCUUCCUGCGCCAGUUCAAGAACGGGACCUUCCUACCUGGAAAGAUCCGGCGCUUGAUUGGGGACUUUGGGGUGCCCAUUGCUAUUUUCUUAAUGUGUGUUGUGGACAUCAACAUAGAGGAUGCGUACACCCAGAAACUGGUCGUACCCAAGGGUCUGACGGUGUCAAACCCUGCUGCCAGAGGUUGGCUCAUCAACCCGUUUGGCGAACACAAGACUUUCCCCGUGUGGGUCAUGUUCGCUUGCUGUGUGCCCGCUUGUCUCGCCUUCAUCCUCAUCUUCCUAGAGUCCCAGAUCACCACUCUGAUUGUAAGUAAGCCGGAGAGGAAGAUGGUCAAAGGAUCCGGCUUCCAUCUGGACCUUCUCAUCCUGGUGGGCAUGGGCGGGUUUGGUGCCAUUUUUGGCGUGCCGUGGCUGAGUGCCACCACCGUGCGUUCGGUUACCCACGCCAACGCCCUCACCGUCAUGAGCAAGGGGCCCAAGCCGGAGAUCGAGAAGGUUGUGGAGCAGAGGGUCAGUGGGAUUUUGGUGGCUCUGCUCGUCGGUCUGUCCAUUCUCAUGGAGCCCAUCCUGAAGAUGAUUCCGAUGACGGCUCUGUUCGGUAUCUUCCUCUACAUGGGAAUCACCUCGCUCAACGGGAUCCAGUUGUGGGAUCGCAUUCUGCUCCUGCUCGUCCCCAAGAAAUACCACCCAAACGAGCCCUACGCCACCAGGGUGUCAACGGGCAGGAUGCACCUAUACACAGCCAUCCAGGUGGUGUGUCUGGCUGUGCUGUGGAUCGUCAAGUCCAGCCCGGCCUCCCUGGCCCUGCCCUUCGUUCUCAUCCUCACUAUCCCCCUCCGCAUGGCCAUGACCGGACGCUUCUUCACCGAACUGGAGAUGAAAUGUUUGGACGCCGACGACGCUAAGGUGACAUUUGAGGAGGAACCUGGACAGGAUGUCUACAAUGAAACUCAGAUGCCAUUGUAGACAUCUGGACCCACCAUUUUUUAUCCAAAAGCCAUUUAUUUUAUUUAUCUGACAUGACAAAGUAUUUUAGUAGGAUUCUUGUUUUUGUCUACUACCGUAUGAACUGAACUAUAUAUCUUUUGGAGUGUUUUUAAACCAUCAUGAAGCCCAAAUAGUAAGUUAUGACCAUUAGAUUUCAAAUAUAAGAAAUUGUCAGUUAAGGAAAAUGAUUUGUUAAAGAGUUGAAUAUAUCUUCUGUAUAUUUGCCUAUUUCUUUCCAGUCAAACAUUCCUGCAGCCAUAUAUGUGUGUACUUAUGCUGCAAACAGCUCUUGCCACCAUGAUAAUAAUUUGGCCUAUGAUAGUGUGUUAAUUACAUAUUGCCCUAUUGACUUUCCACCUUUGUAAAGCCUUUAAAAAGGUUUUGACUUAGAACUAUUAUCUUGCAAAGAAUUGUACAAGAAGGCUUUAUUCCAUAUAAGAAUGAUGUUUUGCACGUCUGCCCACCAUUGUGGUAAUUUUUUAACAGUUGAGCUGAAAAGCAGACAGCUGUAGACUGAAGCCAUAUCAGUGUCAAUAUCGUUCACAUUUUUAAGGAGUUUUAUCCAUGAAUUACAAACCUACAAUAUGACUGAAGAAGCAAAAUCACUCAAACGUGCCUUUCGAAUAACUUUUAGGUAUUGUUUUACGUAAUGAUAUGAAAUACCAUGGAGAUAAAUUCUUAAAAUGCUUUUAUUUUAAUUUAAACCCCUGGGGAUUGUGGAAUGUUAUGGAUUUAAAUAUUGUAUAAAAGAGAUUUGAACAAUAGAGCUAGCAAGCUUGUAGUCCUAAAAACGGAAAUGAGCAACCUCUGGUUUGUUAAGCCAUUCCAAUGAGGAACAUUCAUGGGGAAAGAAUGGGGUUUUGGGAUAAAUGUUGAAAAAAAGUCUGAGGAGAUCUAAUAAGUUCUGUUCUAUGAGAUAGUAUCAGUCAGUUAGCAUGACGUUUAUGAAUUAUGAAGCCUUUAUGUGCUGUAUGUGGUGGUUUUGAUUACAUAAAUGCUUCAACAUUCACAAAACAAUACGUUAGCAGAUGAAGAUUAUCUCAUAGAACAAAACGUUAAGAUCUCCUAAACCUGUGUUUACCACAGACCUUAUUUUCAGCGUUUAUCCAAAAACCCUUUAAAAUAACCAUUCAUUUUCGCAUAGACUUUGGCAAACGAAAUGUGGUGGUUAGUGCCUACAGAAAGACACCAUUACUACGAUCUAUAUGUACAUACAUCAAGGCUAAAAUCAUAAAUUAAAAGUAUAUUUGAAGAGAGGAUGGAGGGAUGCAUAGGGGUGUGUUUAAUUAAACUUUUUAUUGAUAGGUCUGACAGUGUUUCUUUGUUGUUGUGAUCUCUUCUCAACAUCAAUUAAAUGCUUCAAAAAUAUAUAUAUAGUGAUUUCACUUUCUUUGUAUUCGUCACUAAUCGGUUGCCGUCGGUAAACGCACCCUUUCGUCCACCUGAUUGGUUACUUUGCACUGACCCGCUCAUACUUUAAAAAACUUUUUUUUUUUUAAACACGGUCAUAUGAGAGAAGGCAACUUACAUUGGCGGGGGUACGUAACUUACAUUGGCGGGGGUACGUUAUAUAUGGCGUCCCUUCUAUAUGGCGUCCCUUCUAUAUGGCGUCCCUUCUAUAUGGCGUCCCUUAAUGAAGCAAGAAGGAGAUUUCACAGCGGAAAAUUUGAAUAUUUUCACAAGGAUUCAUUUAAUUGGAUUUCAGAGGAGGAAUGGAGGGGAAAAUAGAGGUUGAACAGAAAGAGGGAGGCAGAGGUAGAAUCUGUUGAAGAUGGCAGAAAAGAGUGAGGAGGUGUGUCGUAGAAGAUUGGUGUCAAGUGCAAACAGUGAGCCCUACACCAGACCGAGUUCUGGGGGUGAAAUGGAAGUGAAUGAGGACGAGUUAAGUGAGGUGGAAAGUGUGGUGAAGACGGAGCCUAAUCCAUUUGUGGUUUCAGGGAGGGUGGAGAAGGAGUUGGUUUGAGUUGAAUGACCGUGGAAUUAUGAUAAACUCAAAUUUUUCUUCAAAACAGGUUGUAAAAGCAUGCUAGACAUUUUAGAAUAAAUCAUACCUAGUUUGAUUCUGUGACAAACGGUGAAUUAGUUAUUGAUUUAUACAGCUUUAAAUUGCAUUUUAAAGAUUGUGUGUAUUUCUAUCAACUGGAUUUUUUUAUUUUUAAAUUCAAAACAAAGGUCUAGCAUACUUUUACAAUACUUAUAGAAUAAACCAUAUAAAUGUGUAUGUUUCUGUGACAAUCAAUAAAAUAGUUAUUGAUUUUUACAAUUUUAAAUGGCUUUUGAAUGUGUGAAUAUAAAAUCAACUUUACCUUUGUGAGCUAACUUUAGUAACCUAACCAAUUCGCUAUAGUAUUAACUGGUAACGUUAUACGACUCCUUGCCGUUCCUCAAGUUAUAACGCGUUUGUUGAUUACUGGACCCUGGCAAUCUGUGUGAAAUGUUAGAAGUUAGUUCGUUAGCUAACUAUAACUAGUUAUCUGUGAACGAAUGUUUUCCCUCUACAGUAUGUGGUUCAUUUUCAGAAUGAGAGAAUUGGGUGACAAUGAGGCGUUGCUUGUUAAACAAAUGUAGCUGGGCCUGGCUUAAGAUGGAUGUCACUAUAGAGGUGAAAGGAACACCACACACUUUCCCUCUUUCUCACUUUUACAAUACAGUGGCUAAAAAGGGGUAUGCCAGGUGUACUCUCUGCCUGAAAGAGAUUAAUUAUGCCAACAAAGGGUAUAAUGCUCUGGUGGAACAGAUGUCCACUGGCAGAAAGUGUACAAUGUAAUAAUGUUCAGUGUAGCCCAAAGAUAUUGCUUUUGUUGUGUUGAACUUGACAGUAACACUUGUGAGUGAGGGGGGAUUCUUAAAUUAUUUUUUAAAACUCAGUGAAUGUUAUUUCUAAGUGCAAUAUUUAGGUGUGUGUGUGGUCACAAGCUUUCUAUUAUAAAGGCUGUCACGGCUUACUGCAAUAUUAGGUUAUUGUUCUUUCUCGUUUGCAGUAAAGUCUAGGCAACAAAUAA